AACCUCUCCCAUUCAGAGAACUCACCUGACUGCGGCCGGUUCCUGCUGCAGAGAGACACAAACGACCCGCAGGCCUUUUCCAAGCGAGAGGACUGCGCCACUGAUCGCCAUGGUGUCCGCCGGACUGCAGAUGCUCGGAGCCUCUCUGGGGAUCCUGGGCUGGAUCGGCGUCAUCGUCACCUGCGCGCUGCCGAUGUGGAAGGUCACCGCCUUCAUCGGCAGCAACAUCGUCACCUCGCAGACGUCCUGGGAGGGCAUCUGGAUGAGCUGCGUGGUCCAGAGCACGGGCCAGAUGCAGUGCAAGGUCUACGACUCCAUGCUGGCCCUCAGCACCGACUUGCAGGCGGCCCGGGCCCUGACCAUCGUCUCCAUCCUGGUGGGCGUCAUGGGCAUCCUGCUGUCCGUGGCCGGGGGGAAGUGCACCAACUGCGUGGAGAACGAGACGUCCAAGACCAAGGUGGGCAUCACGGCCGGGGUCAUGCUGAUCAUCGCCGGCGUCCUCUGCGCCGUCCCCGUCUGCUGGACGGCCAACACCAUCAUCCAGGACUUCUACAACCCGCUGGUGUACAGCGGCCAGAAGCGAGAGCUGGGCGCCGCCCUCUUCAUCGGAUGGGGAUCCGCCGCCCUGCUGCUGAUCGGAGGAGGCCUCCUCUGCUGCAACUGCCCCCCUAAGGAUAAGACGCCCUACACUGCCAAGUACAAUGCGGCCAGGUCCGACGCCUCGGGACCGCCUGGGAAAAGCAUGGUCUGAUGCACAGUUUCCUGGGACAGAAGCAUCUGGUGCUUUUGGGCCGUGAAUGUUACAAGUACAGGGAAGUCGUGCUGAAUCAGUCCUCAUGCCAGAAACAAAGCAUGAGCGGCACCACGCCCCAAAUGGAGAUUCAAAUGUGUCUGUUAAAUUACUUACUUUUGGUGGAUAAUAUUGGAGUAUAAUGUCUGUUUCUUACUAAAAAUAUAAAUAUACUAUAACCGCACCAGAUCUUUUUUUUUUAUAUGUCACUUUUUGCCAUGUUCAUGUAGGUUAUUAUGAUGUGUGAAGCCCUCAAUGUUUAUGUUCUGCUGUAAAUAAAUAUUUUUAUUUACAAAUCUGAAA